AUGUCCUUUCAUCCGAAAAAGGCUGGCGCGAAAACUUCCCCGACGGCGACCUCUGGGUGUUCGGCUACGGAUCAGCGUGUUCCGGGUUAUAUCAAUGGCUAUGUCCGGAGGUUUUGGCAGGCUAGUAACGACCACCGCGGAACGCCAGAGAAUCCAGGUCGGGUAUUAACAGUGAUUGACCGGGAGUUUUGGGAAACUCUCGAUGAUCCGCUAGCACACCAUGAAACCUCCGCAACAGCUACAGUCUGGGGCGUAGCGUACCACAUCCCUGCUAGCCAUGCCAAUGAAGUCCGACACUAUCUUGACAUUCGGGAAAUCAACGGCUACUCCGACCACUACACGCCGUUCCACCCCGUCCUAACAUCCAAGGGAGCUGAAUCUACCGACACCUCGGAAUAUCCUGCCACCCCCAUUACCUGCAUGGUCUACAUCGGCCAGCCCAGCAACCCGCAAUUUCUACGUGACCCUGCGCAGCGUGAACAACAGGCGGUGGCCGAGGUGAUCAGUCGCAGCGAGGGCAAGAGCGGGAAGAACGCGGAAUACCUGUUCAUGUUGGAGAAGGCGCUUGAAGGGCUUGGGUUCGGUAAUGCUGAGAUGCAUGUCACCGAUCUAGUAAAACGGGUGAAAGCGCUCCAGAACGAGGAAGAGGUGCGUGAGGAGGAGGAGCAGGCUGAACGGGACUUGGAAGAGUCGUUGCAUCCAUCGGCGCGGGAAGCACAUGAACGGUUCCCGCCUGCUGAAUAG